AAUUCAGUGUCGCACCAAAUAAACAUGGCCGCCUCCCCGCCGUCGGAUGUAUGUGUGGAAAACACACGCGAAGAAAUUAAAACCUCUCCAAUGGAAACGGGUGACAGUUCAUUUACAGAGAAUGGUGGCAAACCCGAAAUCGAAGACGUCUCUAAAGCCGAAAUGGACACAGAGGACCCGUUUAAAAAACCGGCUAUUUUCGCAGCGCCUUCCCUCGCAAGCAAGCGCGCUAACGUCAGUGCUGCGUCCAAAGACACGGCGGCUGAAACCAGAGCUGACACAGAGAAUAACAAACCUGAAGUUUCAGAAACUAUAAGCCAGGCUUCUCUUGUGUCUGCGAAUGAUAGAAGCGCUUCAGAAAGGAUAACAGACUCGGAUACAACGAAUCAAAAAGCCAACGCUCCUGUCAAAGCAAAGCCAGAAGCUAAACCAAAAGUGCUUCCUGUGAAAAAGGCCCCCCCGUCUGGUAAAUUCCCCCCGCUCCCAUACACAGAGCCGCCCUGGGGUGGCGAGGCUCCGGAUAUCCCAUAUUCUCUUGAAAUCCUCAAGAACGGUACUAUUGUGGACAAAGUACCCCUGACAGACCGGGGCUAUUUUGUUGUUGGACGUUUACCUGUGUGUGACGUGUCCCUGGAGCAUCCCUCCAUCUCCAGGUACCACGCCAUCAUCCAGUACCGCGGAGAGGCCGGGGAGGACGGCUCUGUGGGGGAGGAGAGAGGGUUUUACAUCCACGAUCUGGGCAGCACACAUGGCACAGUGGUGAACAAGAACAAGAUCCCCCCGAAGACGUAUAUCAGGCUGAAAGUGGGACAUGUCUUAAAGUUUGGUGGGAGCACAAGGCUUUUCAUCCUACAGGGUCCAGAAUUUGAUGAGGAAGAGGAGUCUGACCUAACAGUUACCGAGCUGAGGGAGCGUGCCCGCAAACAGAGAGCCGAGCUGGAGAAGAGGAUGAUGGGAGACGGAUCCGAUGAUGAGGAUGACAAGGAGGAAAGUGAGAAGGCCCAGAGCAAGCCAUCAACUGACGAUUCAGGCUGUUCGUGGGGAAUGGCUGACGAAGCACUUCCAGAGGAGGAUGAGAACGAGGAAAACCCUUUUUCGACAGAGUUCCAUGAGGAUCAGGAAGCAGCUUACCUGAAAGACCCCAAGAAGGCAUUACAGGGCUUCUAUGACAGAGAAGGAGAGGAGCUGGAGUUUGAGUAUGAAGAUAAAAACCACGGCACAUGGCUCUGCAGAAUAAAACUGCCUGUGGACGAUGCCUUGGGCCGGCAGCUGGUUGCCGAGGUGACCCACACGGGGAAGAAGAAGGAGGCGGCCAUACAGUGCUGUCUGGAAGCGUGUCGGAUGCUGGAAGCCAGAGGGUUACUGCGCCAGGAGGCAGUGUCCCGUAAGCGCAAGAAGAAAAACUGGGAAGAUGAGGACUACUAUGACAGUGAUGAUGACACCUUCCUGGAUCGAACUGGCACGGUGGAGAGGAAGAGACAGGAGCGAAUGAAAAAGGCCGGAAAGAUUGAGGAGCGGCCUGAGACCUACGAAUCACUGGUGGAGAAACUGUCAGAGGUGGAAAAGGAGCUGGCAGAGACUCAGAAAAAGCUUGAUGCUGGUAGGAGAGAUUUGUCAGGCUCUUCCACUGAGGACCCCCUGGAUGCCUUCAUGACCGCAGUGCGAAGUGAAGCAGCGAUGGACGCGGUGGAGCGCAGGAAGCUGCAUGUGCACGUAGCCGACUUACGCAAGGACGCCCAGAGGCUCCGCAGACUGGUUGAACUCACACGGCCCGCCCAGAUGCCCUCGCUUAUGCCCAGUAACAGCUCAGAAGUAGAGAAGCCUAAGAAAACACUGCCACUGUUUGGAGCCAUGAAGGGAGGCAGCAAGUUCAAGUUGAAGACCGGUACUAUUGGGAAGUUGCCUCCGAAGCGCCCUAACUUGCCUGCAGAGCUCUUCAACAUGAAAGAACUUCCUCCUGGUGGAGAAGAGGAGGAAGAAGAGGAGGAGGAAGAGAAGGAAGUAGAGAAAAAUGAGGAUAAUGAUGAUGGAGACGGUGCAAAUACUGCUGAGUCGAACGCUGACUCUGAGGAUUCCAGUGCAUCCACAUCCCAACAGGGAGCUCCAUCAGGGCCACGAAGAGAGGAACCAGCACAGAGACACAAACCGAAAGAGCAAAACCACACAAAGAGGACGGCUGAGGAUUCUGCAGAAGUAGCAGAGUCAGUUCACCAACACAGAGGCAGUAAAGGCCCGGCUCCGUCCAGUCCAAGCUCCAAACCAGGUGGCGACGAAGAGCCCAGCCCCAGAAAGAAAAAGAAAGUCAUGGGCCCCAGCAGGCCACCAGUGCAGCUCACAGGACAGUACCCAGAGGAUGAUCCAGAUUACUGUGUGUGGGUUCCUCCCUCAGGUCAGACCGGAGACGGACGCACACACCUAAACGACAAGUACGGUUACUGAGACGAAAACACCAGAGAGCUGCUCUGUCUCCACUCCACCGGCUUUUAUGCUGCAGAUAAUACCUGCGACACAAAGCCUCCAGUCUCCUCAGCUCCAUCCACUAACCUUCAGCAGCCCCAGUGUGUGGUUGGCCUUCGGAAGAAAGUGGGACACCAGCAAAAAAAAAAACCCAAUAAAACAACGGUCUAACAGUCUAAACCCUCUCACUGUUAUAAUAAUAAUGCUGCUGCUUCAGCUUUUGGGAAUAUUUGCAGACUGAUAAACAAAAAACACACCAUUCCAAUUCACUUAAACUGACAAAGCUGGAGUUCUGUUCCCCCCCGUUUGCCGUUGGCAGUCAGCCCGCUGGCUCUUUUUCUUAGCAGAGAUGGGUAGCACUUGAAUUUAGUCCUUUUAUUUGAACGAGCAGACUUCUAUAUCAUCCAAGUAGAAAAUAGAAAGGGACAGAGCAGGAGCUUUAACUGAUCUGAAUUCAGCUUUCUGCUCUUUGGCUGCUCCUCGUGCAGUUAAAUCCACCUGACAUCCAAUCUGUAUCCCACCCCUAUUUGGCUCCAGUCGAUCGCUGGCAUAACCUUUUUUUUUUUUUUUUUCCAAAGGAGAAUGCGUAGCAGGGAGGGAGAAAAGAGGGAGAGCAUUGAAGCAGCUUUUCUGACCAUCUGGACACUUGGAUGGCUUACUGGAUGAAACGCAAGCUGAUAAUGACUCAAGCUAAGUGAAGUGUGUGCCCGUGUCUACACCGACACACACACACAUUGUCCAACCCUCUCAAAGUUCUCUUUUUAACAGGAUUGUCUGUAUGAGCGAAUCAGCUCUUGGUGUGUUUACCUAGAGCAGGAUCCCUCAUUCUGUGAAAUCCCACUCAGUGCUGUUGUGUUGGUAUUCUGCCAUACUUUCCUGUUGUCUUUUCUCAAAACACAAAGUCAAGAAAUGUAUUUUGUUAUAUAAAUGUGUAAUUAAACUCUGUACAUAAAUCGCAAAU